AUGAGGGCGUGUAGUGCACGGUAGUAAGAUAUUCCUGGUCUACUACUCCAUAGUAAAGUGGGCGUGGCUUGGCUCGCGGCGUCACUUCAUUCAUUCGCGCGGAACGCCUCUUCGCGCGUCCACCGGCGCUGACGCGGCUGCGCGUGUUUACGUGAGGCGACGGCUCCCGUUUCCUGGCGGAGAAGAUGGCGGCUCCUGGUCCAGGGGAGUAUUUCAGCGUCGGGAGCCAUGUCUCCUGCAUCACCUGCCUGGGGCAGCGCCUGCAAGGAGAGGUCGUCGCUUUUGACUACCCUUCCAAGAUGCUGACUUUGAAAUGCGCCCCGUCCAGCGGUAAACCCAAUCUCAGUGAUGUGGUGCUUGUGAACUUGGCCUACGUGUCGGAUGUGGACGUCAUCAGUGACCGGGCUGAAACUCCUCCCCCUUUAGCAUCUCUCAAUUUUAACAAGCUUGUAAAUAGAGCGCGGGCGGAAAAGGAAGACAAGUUGUCGCAAGCUUAUGCAGUUAGUGCCGGUGUCUCUGUAGAGGGCCAACAGCUGUUCCAGACCAUUCAUAAAACCAUCAAAGAGUGCAAAUGGCAGGAGAAAAACAUAAUAGUGAUGGAUGAUGUGGUCAUCAGUCCGCCAUAUCAAGUGGACAACUGUAAAGGCAAAGAGGGCAGCGCUUUAAGCCACGUGCGGAAAAUAGUGGAGAAACAUUUUCGAGAUAUGGAGAGCCAAAAAUCAGUGCAGCAUUCACAGCAAGCUCAACAAACACAGAAAGACUCUGCUUUAUCAUCAUGAGCCCAGGCUCAGAGAGAGGGAACAUUAUGCUGACAAAGGAAGUGUUGUUUGUUUUAAAUUAAUAUUUUCUGAUGGUUUUUUUUUUUUGUUUUGUUUUUUUUUAACCAAUCGCCAGACAAAGGUUGAGAUAGCUGAUACUCAGCGUUUUGAGCAGGGAUGACGGUCCUACACAUCUGAAGAGAAAAACUGCUUCCACCGACAAAAAAAGAGGGCAAAAAUAGAGUGCCCCGUCUUAAAAUAUCAUUUCAUGUAGAAAGCAUUUGAAAUCCCUUCCAACAUCCCACCCCCGUCGAAUCUCCUUGUCUCGGUCCCCUCCUGUCAUCAGAUAACCCACUUGUUCACUUCAUCUUGCUUGGACAGCCAACAAAGAAAUCGCAUUUUCUCUUCUAAUCCAUAAUCUUCCUUUCUACCGUCACAAAAUGUGGCACUAAGUGUGUGAGGGUAGAACAAAAAACUAUUUUCCUAAGUUGUAAAGCCUUUCAAACUGGAUAAAUACAGUUGAAAUUUCGAUUGAGCUGAAGGUGGAGUAAGGGGAAAUUGAAUUGCACUUAGCAUCCACCCAACAUCUAAUUUUCCAAAUCUUUUUUUUUUUUUUUUUUUUUUUUUUUUAAAUAUAUGAAACUCCCUUGUUGUAGUUUUACAUGUCGCUUUUUUUUAAAGUGACAGACGAAGGAGUAACACUCUUGAGUACUGUAAGCAUCCUUUCAGUUUACGUGUAAUAUAUUAUGUUGUAACUCUCUUCCAUAUUUGGUCCUUGCCAUUUUGAAUACCUCUUCCACAGUGGGACCAUUUUCUAUGAUGCAAUGUUUGUAUUAUUGUUAUUAUUUCCAAACGCAUCCAAACUGGAAGGGUACGUGCAGUGACCGAUGAGAGACUCAUGCGUGUCUUCGGUGUGUGUCAGCGUUAGGCGGCUCAUAUCUUGCUCAUCUCUCGCGACAGGACUGAUCUCUUUUCUGAACGGGAAUAUUUGUAAUCACCUUUUCGGGAAAAGGAAACGUUAAAGCGAUAUCUUGCCAUGUUAAGAGACUGGGACGGGGUGGUGUUGGUGGUGGGGGGGCCGGGCAGCACUGGCUCAAAGCCGAAAUCCUCCCGGUCCCAGCCUCGUGAACCUUGUAGCCUGAUGGAGGCUCUAGCAGUGGCGCCAAGCUGUGACGGGCAUCCGCGUUGCACACCAGUUUAUAUCGCUGUGUGCUAACGGGGUUGCUGUUCGCCUAUAGGUUUCUUUCGCAGUAUUUUAUUUUUUAUUUUUAAAUAGUAAUGAAGAAAUAAAAAGAGAAAAAUCUCA